UUAGCCCUUAUUGAGUUGUCUGUCUCCUGUCAAGCCUUUGGUUUGUCUGUGUUGCUUUGGAUGUUGUGUAUCAUUUUGCUUGGUUUGCUUGGUUGUUGUCGCGCUCCCGGUUUGGUCCCGUCAGUGCGAAACGAAUAGUUCACAAAAAAAACACCGUGCAGGCCGUGAUUUUAUUUUUUGAAGCGAAAAUCGGACUUGUGUAGUAACCCACGUGUUGGGAUGAAUCUUGAAAGUGGUGCGUGAUGGAAUAAAACAAGUACAACAACUACAACAACAACAACUACAUCAUCUACAACAACAUGACGUCUACACCUACAUCUACAACAACAAGCGCUUCGCCUCUCGUGUUUGCUCGUCGCCGCAAGACGAGUUCACAUGUCAUUCACCCCGGGGGCCGCGGCCGCCGCCCGGGCCUCGGCCUGGGCUCCACAAUGGCGUGCCGCGGCGGCGCCGGCCUCGGCCCCGCAGCACGGCCGGCACGGCCUCGGCGCCCGCCCUAGCGCCCGCCCCGCCGCCAUGCUCAGAGUUUGAAAAGAAUUUUACAAUGAUGCAAAAUGGGAUGGACACAAUGCCGCAGCACAAUGGGACAAUGCACAACAAUUCGUCCCACAACUCCUCUUCCCAGUCGGAGGAGAGUAAGACCAAUUUGAUAGUGAACUACUUACCCCAGACUAUGACACAAGAAGAAAUACGCUCUCUAUUUUCAUCUAUUGGUGAGGUGGAGAGUUGUAAACUCAUCAGAGAUAAAGUGACUGACACAGGACAAAGUCUGGGUUAUGGGUUCGUCAACUACCACAGACCGGAGGAUGCAGAGAAGGCUAUCAACACAUUAAAUGGUCUCAGACUACAAAAUAAAACAAUUAAGGUUUCAUUUGCGAGACCAAGCAGUGAAGCUAUCAAAGGAGCCAAUUUGUAUGUGAGUGGCCUUCCAAAGAGUAUGACCCAACAGGACUUGGAAAAUUUGUUCAGUCCAUAUGGGAGAAUAAUAACAUCAAGAAUCCUCUGUGACAAUAUGUCAGUACGCCAGUUUGUGAGCGGAUCGGACAAUGUUCCAUGUCUGUCUAAAGGCGUGGGCUUCAUUCGUUUUGAUCAACGUAUGGAAGCAGAACGUGCCAUCCAGGAAUUGAAUGGGACUGUGCCGAAGGGAUCAACCGAACCAAUCACUGUGAAGUUUGCCAACAACCCUAGCAACAAUAACAAAGCCAUGCCACCCUUGGCUGCAUAUUUGGCUCCUCAGGCUGCAAGACGCUUUGGUGGACCCAUGCACCAUCCAACUGGCCGCUUCAGCCCAUACGGACUGCCGCUGUGGCCUGACACACGUGAUAGCUCAGGCCUAGGAAGUGGGAAAUCAUUUCUUGGCGCCAACUCUCAAAGCACUGGCAAGACAAUGCUAGCCAUUAACAAAGGUCUUCAGAGCAGGUACUCUCCGCUCGCGGGUGACCUCUUGGGACAAUCCAUGCUUCCUGGCAACAGCAUGAGCGGGUCCGGCUGGUGCAUCUUCGUUUACAACCUAGCCCCAGAAACAGAAGAGAAUGUCCUGUGGCAACUCUUCGGACCGUUUGGGGCCGUCCAAAGCGUCAAGGUGAUCCGCGACCUGCAGACCAACAAAUGCAAGGGCUUUGGUUUUGUCACAAUGACCAAUUAUGAUGAAGCUGUUGUUGCUAUUCAAUCACUCAAUGGUUACACCCUUGGUAACAGAGUUCUGCAAGUCUCAUUUAAAACCAACAAAAGUAAAACCUCAUAGAGGGAGCCGGGGUGUUAAAUUUAUUUCGCUGUGACCUUGAGCUAGUCAUCUCAGGAGUAAGACCUGAAGGCUUAAUUUGUCUCAACCCCAUCCUUGUACUUAAUCAUCAAUUAUUUUAAGCUAUAGGUUACGUUCAAUGUUGAGAGGGGAUUUUCUAUGAUUGUGAAUAGCACUGUUUGUUACCAUAUUUAAAGGUUAAAAUCUUCCAUUAUUUAAGUGAAUGUCGUGGGACAAAUUCAGCAUUCAGAAGUUAUAUCUUUAUAUGUUAAUGUCCUGAUGUGAAAAUGAAAUUAAGCUAGUCAGACUAGUGCAAAGUGUACUGUCUAUCUUUUCCCUUAGAUCUUGUUUUUUUCUUGCUGGCAAAUAAUGCCAGACAAAUCAAGUUCAUGUUUGCACUUUAUUUGUAUUCCUUGAUAUUGCUUUGUGUUAAUUGGCAGUUGUCUGCCAGCAAGUUUUGUUCAUCAAAUGGUGAGAAUAUUUUAAGUGAACUUGCUCACCUGCCAUGGCAUCCACUCUUCAUGAAUUUUAGUUUUGUGUUAUUUUGAGAUUCAUAUAUUGCUGUAAAUUCAGCAAAUUCUUGUCAUUUGAGUUUGAUUUUUUUAUGAUUUUCUUUUGUGUGUGUUUUUCUUGCCUUUUGAAUUACUUUAAGUUCACUUAACUGGUUUUGUAAGCACAUUUAUUUGCUGGUAUGGUCAGCAGUAUCUUAGACUUUUUGUUUGAGUUGUUUUCCUUUGACUGUGAGACUUAUCACUGAGCUUUUUCCUAGUGCACAUCAUUUGUGCAGAUUAUUUUUGUGGGUGCAUUGGCUAUGUGUGCAUUGCAUACUUAAGUGCAAUCAUGUGGUGCUCACUGUGAGUCUUUCACUCUGAUUGCAGAUCAUAGCUUUACUUUAUAUGUUUAAUGUAUUAUUGUGUGAAUGUUCAAAAGCGUAUGUAUGGUGUGUGUUUGUGUCUGUGUGUGUGUGUGUGGAUAAUAUACUGUACCUGUAUAUUUGUUUAUACCACUAUAAAUGUGUAUUUAUAAAGCCUACUGUUCCAUAACAUAAGUUUAUUAUUAACUCUCUCUUUCUUUUUGCACUACAAGUAUUGUAGUGCUAUUGUAAACUCAUGUGAAUGUUUUGCUAGUCAUUUACUUUAGGAUUAGUGUGGUUGUUUAUGGUCUGAUGGAUUUAGUCACUUUAAAGCUAUACCAUCAUGCGUUAUGGUUUAGUAGGCUGGUUUAAGUCCACACACACACAUCAGUUGUAUUUGUAACAAUUGUUGCAUCUGUGUAGCUAUAAAGAAUAGAACUUGACAUUUUGUCUUGUUCUAAUAGCUUGAUGUUAUUGUUUGCAUUUCAUCACUACCUUUGGCAUCCGGCUGUGUCAACUUAUGACUACAUUGUGUUUUGCAGCAUCAGGAUGCUAUUAUUAUUAUUAUUACCUUGGCUGUCUUCUGAGGUGUAGUGAUGCGCCAAACACUUUGUUUAAGAAUGAUUUCUCUCAAAUGGGACUUCCAGUAUUGACUUUAUAAGAAAAUGAAUUUGCACAGCAUAAUUCUAAAGUACAGUUAUGCUAAUGAUCAGGUAACUUUAUCAAAUAUACUGCCCAACAUGAUAUGUUGACUUCCAGAAAGUAAUUUAUUUUUGUAAGACCGCAUGUCAAAUUUAACAAAUGCAUUCCUAGGGCAAAAGAUUUUAAUGAGUCGUAAUGAGAAAACUUAAAAGUUAAAUUGAAUUUAUCUAUCAGAUGAGACUACUUUCUUUGAGUUUGUAGUAUCUGAUAGGUAUUUCUUCCUUGAAGGAUUGCUCGUCCAAAGCACACAGUGGGAUGGAUGCACUCCUCCCACAUUGUAAGUACUACUGGUACUUACUUUCUAAUCGUACUGUACCAUACUGAUGCACUAGGCCUACUUACGUCACGUAGCUCAUUUCUGGUAUGGCACAAGAAAUCGCCUGAGUGCUGUGUGUUGUACUGGUUUGCUCCAAGGGGAUGUGGCCAUGGUAUAUCAUUAAAUCAGACUGAUGAUGAAUGAAAUUACCCGUAUGAAUAUCAAGGGUAUGAAUGCAAUGUAUUUUAUUAAGUGAAGGGAGGGGCUGGGGAGGUUUAAAGAAAGAGGGGCAGGUGAGAGAGUAGUAUUAUUACCAUUAGGUACAGUGCUGUACUGGUCUCAUUUGCUGUACCGAUCAAGUGCAAUAUCAAAACUGUUUUAAAUGUGUCAAAUAAUCUCUUUGGCUCUUAGGAUGACUUAAUGAAUUUUUUCAGAGAGCCAGCCAAAUUCCCUUGGGGCAAAUCAUACUUAGGCUUAAUGAGAAUAGUCACCUAAGGUACAGGAAAUGUGACUAAACUUUCCUAUUUUCUGAGAAAAUGUGUCUUGCGUCGCUGCUCUAUUGUUAGUUAUAAAUAUUGUGCUGGGGUGUGGUCGUUUUUGACUUUGUUAAGGAAAUUGGAAGCAAUAAGAGAAUUAUGAAACUAGUCAAAUGUUUUUAAAUAUCAGUAGCACUAUUUAAAGAGAAACAAAUACAAUGAAACAUGGUUUUCGUGAGAAUGCCAUUUAAUGGAGCCAAAAUAUUCUUUUAAUUAGAUGGUUUGACUGCAAAAGCGAAAAUAAAAUGUUCUAUUUUGGAAGUAUUACAUUACAACCCAAGGCAAAGUCUAGGGUUUGUUUUAUACCAGACUUUGUACGUAGACCACAAUGGUCUGGUAGCGGUAGCAGCAGUGACCAUAAUGACAGAUUUUCAGGUGAUUUAUUUUCUAUUCGAAAGUUGGCUGUUCACCUUAAUCUAAUGUUAAAAUGAUUGUAAACUAAUAGGGGUAUAACUCUGUGUACAUACAUUAUCUGAGAUUAGGAAUGAUAUAGGAAAACUUUUGAUAAAAAUCAUGCUGUUAUAGAAGUAAGAGUUAAUACAGUUAAGCAGAUUUUUAAAAGUUGAAUGUACUCAUUUCACUUUCCAGUCCUAUCAUUAAACCCAACCAAUAAUAUUACUUUCAACAUUCCUCAUCUAAUCAUUUGAUGAAAUCAUAAUUUCUUAAAAUGGGGCAGGCUCUACCCAUGGACCUAGUUUUAUUAUUGAACUAUGAACUGGCCAAAGGCCCUUCUCUCCUCUGGGGUCCAGAGCUCAUUGUUUUGCAGGUUGGCUUUGAAUGUCUCAUAGCCUUGUUAACAUCUGGCAUUUAAAUUGAACAAGGUGUCAUAUGUAGAUGUGUGAUGUAACCUGAUCUGGGCCUUCCUCUGUUGAUGUCUAUCAUUUUUUCUCUUUAUGUUCAGAGCAUUGUUAGUGUAAGACACAAAGAUGACUUAUGGGCGAAAAUAAUGCCCAGAUCUUGUACAUAGCUAUCUUCUCUGGGUCUCAGACUGUUAAAGUUUGUUAAGUAUUAUUGGAGUACCUGGAUUGAACGUAGGGCCGUAGUGAUAAGCGGCUUCUGUUGGAUCUAGUGACUUUUGGCUGUUGGAGCAUGGAGAAAGAAAAUGAGAAAACUUUCAAUAAUGAAAUUAAAAAAACAAAUGAAAUCUAAUGAAAAAUGAGUCUUCUUCUGAACUGUCCGCCAAGGUUUAUGAUCUGUGCCCUAGGAACUUGGGUUGGCAUUGAGGUGAUUAGUAAAAACCCCAAAUGUGAUGUAAAUGAAUCUGAUGUCAGGCCAGAUCACUCAAACUUGCUUAAAUAUUUUAAAUUUGAGUUGUGGAUGCUGUUUCUGCGUUGAACCAGUUUUAUUGUGGUCUGUGCUGAGCAAACUUGCAAACAGUUGAUAUCACUUCAUAGCUUAUUUGGACCUCUUUGUUCUAAGAAACUUAAACCAGCUGCAAUUCGACCACAGGCUAAUGAACUUAGUGUGGGAAAUUAUUAUUAUGUUACUUUGAUAUAUUUCUUGUUCUUAAUUAUUAUUAUUACCAAUACAUAUUGUGGUUUGCUUGAUUAUGGGCGCAGCUAUGCUCACUUGUUUUAUUCUUUCUAUUUAGAGAUAAGAUCAGUCAAAUGCAGUCCUUGGUCAAUAUACCUUUCACAUUGUGGGAUGUAUGACAAAAUGAACAGAACUGGAUGCACUCUCGUCAACACUCGUGAUUUCCUUACACAUCUUGCAACAUUCCUUCCGUAAUUUUUCUUCCUUUGGUCAAUGGUUUCAGUGUAUAGACGUUUGAUAUCAUUGAGGUUUAUACAUUUUUUCAAUGUUACAUUAUGGAUGAUCUCAAAGAAAUCUUUUGUACUUAUUCAAAUUAUAUUUGUAAGUCUUACAUUUAAGUGUUAUUGCAUCUAUUCUCUUGAAAUCUGAUCAAUUCUCUUCCUUUUAAAAAUUUGUGAAAUUCGUUUUAGUAAGUAAUGAAAAAAAAAUUGUUUUUAAAAAACAUGUUUUGAUGAAAUUGAAUAUCAAAUGUAAGAUGUGUCUGCGCUCCAGUUCUUCCUAACACUUUUGACAUGGAUAUUUGUGGGAGAAAAAUGGCCUAAAUUUUGUCCAUCCAUGAUUCCAGGUGUGAGAAAGACUGCUUUUGAAGGAUCUUGCUUAUUUAUUAGUAUUUGUAAUCAUCUUUGUGUGGUGUAAUUUCUAGGUUGUAUACAUUGAUACCAAAGGAUAGUGGGCUUUGCUCCCACACAGGACUCAAAUAUUUGUGUCUAAGCAUUCCAUUGUGUUUUGUUUAAGAAACUGAUGGUUUCAGUACAACAAUCAGCCUCAUAACAGUAAUGCAAAUGCAAUAACUUAAAGAAAAUUGAUGUAGUUUUAGUUUUGCUGUGGAACCAUUUGUGCACCGGUGGUCUCAUAGAUCGCCUCUUUUAUGAAUCCAUUCAAAGCUUUACUCAUCAGAUAUGUGCUUGUUUUUCUUUACUGUCCAUCACAGCUGAAGAGCACCACUAUAAAGUUCAUCCCCGUAUCUUAAAUUACAUUUUUUUUAAAUUUAUUUAUUGAUGCAGUUGUGUAACAAGCUUUGGUGUUUAGCUCUUAGACUGAGUUUUAUUGUGCUUAAUUUAAUGUCUUCAAAAACUCAUUUUAGUAUAUUGAUUAUUUACAAUAACAAAUAUUUGUACCAAAAUUAUUUAAAGCCAUAUGCUUUUACCAAAAAAAAAAAAUGUUCUUUCAAGGUACAAAAUUCCUAGAUUUCCUUGUGUUUAUUUGUGUGUUAGCUUUAUUUAAUAUGUUAUGAUCAGGUGCAAAACUGGCUGACAAAUGUAGGUUUUAUGAGUUUUUCACUUUUCAGACUAUUUUGUCUCUAGCUUGUGGACUUUUGUUAUAAGAGUAUGUGUUGUACAAUCCAAUAUUGAUUGAUUUUUUUCUUUUUUAAUUUGCAGUUUUCUGGUCUAAGUAAAUAAUGACUCAUA